UUCAAAAAUAGCAUCAAAUACCUCAACUAUUCGCCACCAAACGGACUUUGAGUGUGGAGCGACGGCGUGUUAUCUGAAGUGAAGAUUGAAGACGUGAUAGAAGAUGGACGACUACUGCUAUGCUAAGAUGGCGACGUCCGCUAAAAGAGAACAUGAAAGAGAAUCAGCGCCACCAACGGAGAACAAUCUGAAAAGCGAAGAUGAAGACGUCCAGCAGCUGAUCGGUAAUCCAGAAGAAGUUUCCACUCAGUUAGGGGGGAGCUCCACUUUAAAGCAGGAGACUCCACAACCACCCUGCAUUAAAAAGGAAGAGGAGGAACUCUGCAUCACUCAGGAGGGAGAGUGUCUUCUAGGACGAGAGGAAGCUGAUUACACCAAGUUUCCACUGAGUAUUCUCUCUGUGAAGACUGAAGAUGAUGAAGAGAAACCACAAGUAGACAACCUCUUAGCUCCACUAUCAGAUAGUGAGGCUGAAGACGAGGUUGAAGAACCUUUGAGCAGCGAUAAAGACUGUGAAGGUGAUAUGAGGACUCACACUGACAACAAACACUCUGAGUGCUCUUCAACGAGGAGAGGUAAAACAUGUUUGAGCUGCUCAGUUUGUGCUGAAAGUUUUACUAAAAAGUGCCAUUUGACUCAACACAUGAGAAGACACACAGGUGAAAAAUCAUUUAGUUGUUCAGUUUGUGGCGUAAGCUUUUCACAAAAUAGCCAUUUGACUCGACACAUGAGAACACACACAGGAGAAAAACCAUUUAAUUGUUCAGUUUGUGGCGUGAGCUUUUCUCAAAAUAGCCAUUUGACUGCACACAUGAGAACACACACAGGAGAAAAACCAUUUAACUGUUCAGUUUGUGGCAAAAGCUUUUCUGUUAAGAGGAAUUUGACUGAACACAUGAGAAGACACACAGGAGAAAAAACAUUUAGUUGUUCAGUUUGUGGCAAAAGUUUUUGUGGUAAGAGCAAUUUGACUCAACACAUGACAACACACACAGGAGAAAAAACAUUUAGUUGUUCAGUUUGUGGCAAAAGUUUUUGUGGUAAGAGCAAUUUGACUCAACACAUGACAACACACACAGGAGAAAAAACAUUUAGUUGUUCAGUUUGUGGGAAAAGCUUUUCUAAAAAUAGCAAAUUGACUCAACACAUGAGAACACACACAGGAGAAAAAACAUUUAAUUGUUCAGUUUGUGAUGUAAGCUUUUCUCAAAAUAGCCAUUUGACUCGACACAUGAGAACACACACAGGAGAAAAACCAUUUAAUUGUUCCUUUUGUAGCAAUAGCUAUUCAGUUAAGAGGAAUUUGAUUGAACACAUGACAACACACACAGGAGAAAAAACAUGUAAUUGUUCAGUUUGUGGCAAAAGCUUCUCUGUUAAGAGGAAUUUGACUGAACACAUGAGAAGACACACAGGAGAAAAAACAUUUAGUUGUUCAGUUUGUGGCAAAAGUUUUUUUGGUAAGUGCAAUUUGACUCAACACAUGAAAACACACACAGGAGAAAAAACAUUUAGUUGUUUAGUUUGUGGCAAAAGCUUUUCUGUUAAGAGGAAUUUUACCGAACACAUGAGAACACACACAGGAGACAAAACAUGUACUUGUACGGUUUGUGGCAAAAGCUUUUCUGUUAAGAGGAAUUUGACUGAACACAUGAGAACACACACAGGUGAAAAACCAUUUAGUUGUUCAGUUUGUGGCAAAAGCUUUUCUGUUAAGAGCACUUUGCUUGAACACAUGAGAACGCACACGGGUGAAAAACCAUAUAAGUGUUCCAUUUGUGGCAAAAGCUUUCCAUAUAAUAGCUCUUUGUGUCGACACAUGAGAACACACCCUGGAGAAAAAAACAUUUAGUUGUUCCGUGUGCUGUAAAAGGUUCCCACAUAAUGCAGACGAAGUAAAACACAUAAGAUCACACAAGGGAAAAUAACCAAUUAGCUGUUUAGUUUGUGGUAUGUUGCUCAUAUGUGGUGACAUCCACCCUACCCAGGACCUCCUCACUGCUUCUUUCACAAAUAUCUGAGGUAUUCAUACAAACUUGGCUUAUUUGGAGCAUAAUCUUAUCUACUCAUGACCCCAUGUCUUCUCUGUAUCUGAAACCUUCCUGAACAGUAAGAUAAAUGAUGCUUCAAGUGCUUGGUUACUCCUUCUUCAGUCCAGGGACCUGGGGCCUCAUGUGUCAAGUUUGUGCACGCUCAAAAUCCUGCACUACACCCUUUUUCACUGCAUAACUAACUGCCAACUUUUACUCCUCAGACUGAUUGAUUGAUGUGCAAAUCAGAGACAUAUGAACAAUUAACCCCCAACACCCACAACCCAACCCCCACCUCCCUCGACAUUCGGGCAUAACAGGUUCAAUCCGGCCCCCGAGAUGAGUUUGCGAAGCGUAAAAUUCAGCUGCAUUUUUUAAUGAAAGAAACUGCUGUUCUAAUUGUGUCCACUGGAUGUCGCAAUAGCAAUUCUGUUAGGCAAGCAUUGAUACCGGGGCGAGCAAGUAUACCAAGCAAGAGGUACACGGUAAAGCGGGGCUGUGACUCCUCCCCCUCCACCCAACGUAAAACAGGAGUAAAAUAAGCAAUCAGUAACCCCACUUAAAAUGCAGCAUGAGACACUGCACACUGAUGUAGUUCUGUGAAAAUGAUUGUCUUCUGUGCAAAUGUAAAGAAAGUGAACAGUGUGUGAUUUACUGCAAUACUGUCAGUCUUUUAACUUUUUAUUUGUGCUUUGUUGAAAUUGUUCACACUUUGCACUGCUUUUAUUUUCCUAUCAAUACACAUUAUGUCUAGAAGACAGGAAGUAACUCAACACUCUUGAAUAGUUUCUACCUCAGUUUGUAUGGUUUGUUGAGUUAGCACAGGAUUAAUAUGUGGAAAUGACAAA